AUGGUUUUAAUAAAUGCUGGGAGCCAUGCCGUCUGCAAGCUGACCGUGGCUGCAGACGCAAACUUCACGGUCAAAACAAUCAAAACAAAACUCUCUUUCUUACCUCUCCUCCUACCGUCACCCCACUCGUCAAACUGGUGGAGUGAGUCCGCUCACUCUGGAAGCCUGGAAGUUCGUUCCCUUAUAUACAAUCCCAGGAGCAGCAGACCUGAAUGGAGUGCGGCACCGGUGGCUCGGGAACUGGCGCACUACGAGGAGGACAUCGCAGCACUCAGGGAGACCCGGCUUUCUGGACAAGAUCAAUUGGAGGAGGUGGAUGGCGGCUACACCUUCUUAUGGAACGGCCACCCCAGGGCAGAGCGACGGGACGCGGGUGUCGUCUUUGACAUCCGGAACGACAUCGUGGGACUACUGCCCAGUUUGCCGCAGGGCAUCAACGAUCGCCUGAUGAGCCUCCGCCUGCAUCUCCAGGGAGGCAAAUUGGCCACCAUCAUCAGCGUCUACGCUCGGCAAAUGACCAGCCUUGACGCAGCAAAAGACGAAUUCUACUAG